AUGUCAAAUUCAAUUGCUCAUGCCUUCAGAAGCUUGAAGGUAUCAGGUUCAGAGACUUCGGACCACAUGACCAUUUAUGAUGUUUCCUAUCAGUAUUUAUCAAAGGUUAAAAACUUUGAUGAUGUCAAAGCAUUCAAGAAUUGUUUGGUGGCUUUAAUAAACUUGGAUCGAUAUUACAAAGCAUUGGAAUUAAUUAAAAAAAUUAGUUCUUCAGACUCAAAAUCACAGCUAAUGCUCGAAAUAGCUUAUGUGUAUUAUAAGUUAGAGAUGACGGACGAACUAUUCAAAUUUCUCCAUGAGUUCAAUCCUGAUAAUACUGGAAUUGAGAGAGGCCUUAAACACAUAAUUGCUCAAGCCUAUUACAAAACUGGAGAAUACGAAAAGUCAUUAGAUUUAUAUCGUGAGCUAAUCGAUAAUAUUAAGUAUGAUAACUCAAUCGAUCUAGUGGUAAAUGAGAGAGCCAUUAUUUCUCAGCUAAAUGUUGUCGAAGGUAGAAAAGUCCAAUCGAACUACCCUAUGGAAAAUAAAGAAAACUAUGAUUUAUACUUCAAUGAAGCUCUAAUAUUUUUAUCUGUUGGUGACAUGAAACGUGCUAGGGCUUUGUUGGAGAAGGCUGAGCAUUUGUGUUUAUCACAAAAUUCCGACGCCAGUAGGAAAGACUUAAUCUCAGAAUUGUUGCCCAUCAAGUUAACUGUAUCGUUCAUACACUUACAAGCUGGUGAAAUAGAACAAUGCCAGGAAAUAUUCAAAGAGUUUAGAGCAGAAGACAUAAGUGAUGAUGCGAUGUUAAAGUUGAUCUUUAAAAAUGACUUUUACUGUGUAUCGGACAGCAAACCGAGACCAAACUUAAUUGCAAGGGACGUCGGCUAUCAAGAAAACUUACAUCACUUAUUACAGAAGUUGACUAAGUGCCAAUAUCAAGUUGUCCUAAGAAACAACUUAUUGUUGAAGUUUAUGACUGAUACAUUAGGUUCGAAUUACCUAAGUAACUCUUCGAUCAACUCAUACGCGGUCAAGUACACUGGAGACAUGACACUAACGCUUUACAAACUUUUUGCAAAGCUUGAUAUUAGAUUUGAAGACAUCAACAAUGAUUUAUAUUGGAGGAAGACGAGCAAGAAACUUUUGAAGUUUAUUAAAAGGAGUGGUACUUUCUCAGACGAGAUAGUUUGUGCUGCUUUGUUCAUUACAUUUCUCAAUGCUCAUGAAGGUCGGUUUGACCAGUGCUUACCGGUGUUAGAACAACUUGUUGAAUAUGAUCUAAGCAAGGAACUAGUCACACCUGCUUUAAUUGGUACUUUAAUCAACUUGUAUGAAAAAUUGAAUAUGAAAAAAAAAUUAACUAGCUUAUUCGAUCGCUUAACUCCAAAGCUCCUAGGAACCCAAAGAGAGUAUCUCUCCCUCAAUUCUGAUUAUUAUAAUUCUAUCAAAGCGUUUGGCUUCGUUCUUUAUAAUAUGGAAGACUAUCGUUAUCAGAAAAUAUUCAAACUUCUUUCUGAAGUGGGUAAAGAUGACAAGUUGAUUUCGUCACUUCUCUCGGGAUCUACCACUGGACUUUUACCUAUUGAUGAUUUGUGUUCUGAAGUACCUAUAGACGAUCUAUUAUCCACGGAAUUAAAAUUGUUAGCUCCUCCUAACAUGGGAACAAUGAACCAUAAAAACACACAUGCUAGCAGAGUAACAAAAAGACUUAGGAAACCAAAAUUUUCUGCUUCAAAAGUAAUAAAACCCAAGUCAGAAAUGCAGAUUGACGAGGAAAGGUGGCUCCCUUUGAAAUUAAGGUCAUAUUAUAAGCCAAAGAAGGAUAAAAAGAAGACAGGCGGACACCAGGGCGCUAGUGAAAUACUUCCUAGUCCAAGUCCGAGCUCUGUGUCUUCGAGUCAAGGAGGAAGUACCAAAAGUAAAAGAAAAAAGAAGGGUAAGAAGUGA